AUGACGGCGGGAUGGAUGUAGGUGGUUUCGUUGUAUUUGUCUUUUGUGUACAUGAUUAAAUUAUCGUAUUAAGAUUCUGCCCCAUCUUCGGAAAUAACAUCAUCAUCAAACUUACGGUGUCCCACUCAUUCAAAGUCUGUUUUUAUCACUAUAAGUUGAUAACCCCAAUCCUCAAAGUUGAUUCAUGAUAAGGAUUCAAAUCUCAAAUUGCACUUCGUGCACCACCAACAUAGUUUUAUUGAUCGUUAUCAACUACCUCGUAGAUCCAAAAUCAGUGAUUGCUGCCUGAUUCCUUUCUAACCAGAGCAACACGUUUCUCCAUGUUUUAGUGAUGCUUAUUCUAGACAACGGUAAUUACGGUACUGUAAAUCGGAUUCAUUUUGUCGUUCGGUCUUGAUAGUCUUCGUCUAGCACUUUAGUUUGAGUAAUCUGAACGAGUCAGCUUGGUUACAUUAUCUUGCUCUCUUAUGUCAACUCUCCAGUCACAUCGAAAAUUUACAUCUGAUGAAGUGUUAUAUUAUUGUCUCACCGUAUGUCAUUGGGAGGUCUGAUGUGGAUGAAGGUUGAUACGUUUCGUCAUAAAAUCCCUCAAGGACCAUUACUAUUGUUACGGCAUUCGCAUUCUGUGAUCGAAAAAUAUAGUGGUCUUUCUGUGUGUCUAGUUACAUAAGACUUAAUUAAUCGUUCUCUGAAUAAUAGAGUAGUUAUCCUCAUGCACCAAAUUUGCCCUCAGGUUUUUAGUUCCAAUAUAGUUUGGUUUGUUUAUCCAUCUAAAUAUAGCCACGAAUUUUUGCGUUAAAUUGCUUUUCUGUUCAUUCCAUUCUGAUAGUCCACUUUUGUUCCACACACAGGUACAUUACAAGACGUAUGCUGGCAGAAGUAGCCGUGAUAUCAGGUUUGAUCAGCUGCUGCACACAAAACCCUUAUCUGGCUCUUCAUCCACAGCAUUCUCUAAAUCAAGUGUUAGUUCUAGAAAAAGGGUCAACGUCGUUUCUUUUGUACCCACUGGUGAAGGGCAAGAAUUAGUAACUAAAUCUCCUGACAAAAUCCUGUCGGAAAAUUCAGAUAGCUCUGCCUGUGCAGGUGCAGUGCAGGCAAAUAUAUCUCAGUCAUUUUUACCCCAUUCCUCUACUGACAGUGUUACCACCGAUUCACCCAUCCUGUCAUAUUCCAGUGCACAUAAAGAAUGUCCCAGUCGUCCACCGAAUAUUAACAUGACAGGCAACAACUCUUUUGGUCAUCCUUCUGAUUGUACAUUAGAUCUGCGUUCCAUUCGGAGUACAAAUUGCAAGCCUGAUCAUUGUCGAUCAGACAUUGCUUUAACUCCUUUGUCAUCCCACACUCCUACUAUACAACGCGUUUCAUCCCCAAUUUCCCACCGAAACGUCACCAAUUACCAUAGUCAUCCAGUAUGUAUUUCAAAACCUGCUAGUCAGCCAAAAUUGCAAGGACUAGAUAAAAGUCAAACUAGUUUGGUUGUGACCAUACCAAACAGCUCCUUAAAAACACAGGCAUUCGUUGACAUCUCCAAGAAUAGUCGUGAACGGAGUCUUCCUUACUCCUGUUCUACCUUUACGUUAGAACCUGAAAUUGCUUCAGAUGCAAGUGCUUCAAAAUCGUCUUCACGACCAAUUCUCAGCGGUAAAAAUAAAAGAGCAGCCUACAAUCCACGUUCUUGGCAGAAAGAAAUUGAAACAGACGAUAGUUCUCCAACAAAGCUGCAAAAAGUCAGUGAAUCCUCUCCGUGUUCACAAAAUCAAAGUCAAUCAGCAAUGGAAUCCCAUCAUUUUUCUACUAAAGAUACUUCAUCUUUAGUUAACCAAGAAGAUUGUAGCAUGAAAAUUCAUAAAAAUAAUAUUGACAAUUUUGCAUUUGAUGAAUAUGAAGAAGAAAUGAAGAAUAAUUUUGAUGCUCUGCAUCCAUACAAAUAUUCAGUCAAUGAUAAUCAUCCUGUAAAAUAUUGUGAUAAACUAGUUGAAGAGGAUGAAGACUUAGAAGAUGAUGUUAAACCUUGGUUCCGUCCUGCUUCUCGUGAUGUAUCUAGUGAAAAGCUAUCUAACAGUACGAAGAAUAUAAAAGUUAGCCGAACAGAUAAACCUUUGUAUACUGUACUACACAAGGUGAAAGAAGCACAUGUUUGUCAAGAACAAGGUGAAACUCAGCAUUUAUUAGAUGAUGUAGAAUAUUUAGUAGAUGGUCUAACAGAUCGUAAUCAAGUUAAUACUCGUGCACUUAGGUUAGUUGUUUUUCAUUUCUGUUUGUAUAUAAUAUAAUCACAAUUGAUUGAUUACUGGAUGGUGAUCAAUGUUAUGUGUGUCAAGUCCUUCUUAGUGCAGAUCGAAUUCUAUCGACCAAAUUGCAAUGUGGCCACUAGUCUAUGUGACUCAACAUUGCGUGCACUAUGUUGGAAGUAGCCAACAGGAAACCCUGGAUCUGGGUUUCGUGCUACUUGGCACUCGUCAGCAAGGUGUAUUUGUAAUCUUGAGGGAGCUGGUGCCCCCUGACGGACUCGAUCCCGUGUCACCCAGCUUCACAGUCAGGGACGUUACCAUUGGGCUAUCUGGGCCGCGACCGACCUCCUGUAAGACUGAGAUGUAAUCACAAUUGAAGUGAUUUAUAAUGUUUACAACGUUUUAAUGUCGUAGUUUACGAAAUGAGUUCGAUUGUUUUAUACAUUUUCAUUGAUACUAUAUUUUUAAUAGUUAUGGAUAUUCAUGUACUGGACAAUGAUUGGAAUUUAUUUUUCUGAAUUUUGUUGUUGUUGUUUCCUAAAACUAUUGAUUCAACUAAUUUCGUUUCUACAUUAACCACUUUUACUACAAACUGGUAUUAUUUCAAAUGUUUAUUUCAAUUUGCGCGAUUUCUUUUAUUAUGUUAUAUACAUUCUACUGUCUAGUAUUUAUUGAACAUUAUACUUCACUUAUAUUUAUUUAUUUGAACGCAUAAACAUUGGUUCAAGGGGGCACUUAAUACAUAUGCGCCACAUAGUAACAAUGAGGCCAGUAGCAGUUAUCAUUGAUCUGUGCGAGGGCUAUGAUACUGCCUGGGUGCCCAAACCGAAGCACGUUGUUUUCUUAAGGGGCCACUCCCCGAGGCAUUGGCCUAAAGGUCUCACGGUCGCCGGUGACCAAGAAUAGAUUUACACGCCAUUUGCUUCCUUAGAUUCUGGAGCCCACGUGCACCGCUGGUUUGGAAUGAGGGUUUUCCAACUCUCUUAGGUGGACCCUCCGUGUCCACCAACCCAGUUAGAGUGCCGGACAUUCGCUUUUCGUCGUCUCAGUUUUGUGAACAACAUCCCGUCUUCACGAGAAGGCAUUGAGUCGAACUCCCCUGACAGUGACUGUAUACGCGUGGCCAUGUGAAAGGAUUUCGAGAGGGAAAACUGACUCUCACCACUCUCGGCCGUACUAGGGCAUUUGAGGGCACUUCACUCGAAUCUUUCCAAAUCAGAACAAUACGUAAGAGUGUUUGUGUUAUUCUAAUACCUUUGAAUAAGUGGGAAUUUACAAAAAUACCACCAGAUAAGAGUCCAUAAAAAACUUUUCUGUAAAAGCGGAAUUUUUAAGUAUAUGGCGAAUGAGAAGUAAAUCCCAAUUACCACUUUUUAAAAGUCUCUAUAUUCCCGUUUUUGAUCAGUCUCUGUUGGCAUAUUCAUAUGCUGCAUUUACGAUAGUUACAGUGGUUCAAGUUUCAGCUUUAACGACGGAAAUACGGGUGUAUCCAGCUAAACUGUUUCAAAUAGGUUAAACAUGAAUUCUGGCUUCUACUCAUUACUACAUUCUAAUAAAUUCCAAUUGUUUAGACAUUUAUGUACCUAACAUUGCACCUAUUAGUUUUACAUCAUUUGUUGAGUUAAAUGUCAUUAUUUAAAGUUAUCUUCGUUAUAAUAGGUUUAUAUGGAUAAAAAUUCAUUGUUAUUGGUUUGUGAAUAAAUUCCCGCUGAGUUCUACGAAGAUUACUUUGAUUAAAUUGGUAUAUAUAUAUAUAUAUAUAUACUGAAAAGGAAGUAAUCACAAUUUUUGCUAUGUGGUUAUUUGUGGGAACGGCUCCCGGUGAACUCAAGGAACCUCUAAGAAGCUCCGAAAGAGCCAAAGACACCCAAUCAUCGUUUGAAAGAGCAUCCCAGGAUCUCGACGUGUAGCUCCCGAUUGGACAAAUGCUAAAAACCACUGCAUGCGGAUUGGAUGAAUGUAAUGACGAUAUCGUUUUUACUAAAUCUAUAAAUAUCCAAGUUCUUUGUACCGUAUUGUACUGGUUGAAAUAAAAUCUCUUUCCACUUGUCUUCCCUCAUCUAACUUGCGACUUGAAGGGUUCAAGCGUCCGAAUCCUCAAGUUCUACGUGGUAUAGCAAAAUAAUUCAAGUUCUAGAUAUAAAAACAUCUCUUCGUCCAUGGGUUCAAGUGGUUGAAUCUGACCAUAUGUUAAAUGAUGCCCACUUAAAUGUUUACAUAUCCCGAACGACUGUUCGUAGUUUUUUGUGAUUUCUUGAUUAAAAAUUAAUAAUGGUCGUUUUGCUUCAUAUGUUUUUUUUUUCUUUUUCACAAUAUAAGCGUCCUGACUCUAGCUAACAAGUGUUUGACUGCAUCCUUCCGUUAUACUCUCAAUGCUCAUGGUUUGUUGAAGCGAAUUUGUGCAAAACUCCAUGAUGCUUACACAGACUAUGUAAGUAUAGUUUUAUGUUUAAAAAAUAUAUAUUCUUAAAAGUUCUAUUUUGAUUAUGGUAUAUUUGUUUUGAAAUACAAGUGUAUGCCCAAUGUCUCUUACAAUCAAUCAACUAAGCACCGUUAAAAUAAAAUGAAUAGAUUGUAAACUUUUUAGUUUAAAUACCUAUACGACUCAUUUUCGUCCCUUCAAGUUCAGCCACGUUUAUAUAUCGGUAUUUCAUUUUAUAUACUUUUAGAGAAGAAAUUGUAAACAUAGGCUUCACCGAUCAUUUAUUUUAUUUAUCGUUAUCAUAAAACUCAUUUAUUAAAUAUGCCUUCCAACUGUUAAUCGUGCUGUAUAACCUAAAUCACGAAGAACUAUGUUCCCAGUUUCAGAUAGGGUCAUUAUUUAUUGUCCGUCUCGUGUUAACAAUUUUACUGUAACCAUUUGUCAACCUAAAAUGAAAUUAACAUCUAAUUAAAUAAAGAUUGUUAAACCACUAAAACAGAUUGUUAACAUUUCAGUUUAUUUAUUUAUUUGAACACAUCAAUAUUGGUACAAAAGGGCACUGAAUACAUAUGUGCCACACAAGUCACUUGAUUUGUAUGUGUGCUAUGAUACUGCCCGGGUGCCCAAACCGAAGCAGGUGGUUUUCUUAGGGGGCCACUCCACGAGACUUUGACCUACAGGUCUAAUUCACAAGAUAGUGGAGCAACGUGGCCCACAAUUUGUUCAUAUCCCACUUGUUUUCUUGGAAUCCUGGAGUCCAUGUGAAUCAUUGGUUUGGAAUGAGGGUUUUUCAACUCCCCUAGAUGGAUCUUCCGUAUCCACCAAUCCGGUUAGGGCUCUGGAUAUUCGCUUUUCGUCGUCGCAAGAAGGCAGUGAGUAGGACUUCCCUGAUAGUGGCCGUUUAUGCAUGACCAUGUGAGAGCAUUUGGGGAGGAAGAGCUGACUUCCCCCUCCCUUGGCCGUACCAGGGCGUUUGGGGGCAAUUGAUUUAAUCUAAGAGAGACAUAAUCCAAUAAAAUUCGAUAAUAUUGAUUGUUUAAAAGUGAUUAAAUACUGUAUUCACUAAUCUAGAAGAAUAAUCUAUACUGCACAAUUAUACUUUCAGGAACUUCUAAUCAUCAUUAACUACGACUUGAUUUAAUGUGAUAUAAUCAACUUUUUCCAUCGCUAAAAUGUUACUUCAUUCUAGGUGCUAUCACUCUCACAUGAGAAUAAUUACAAAAUUACUUACAUUUAAAAAUAACUUGUUAAUUUGGUUCUGGUAUUUCUAUUCUGGUUAUCGGGUUCGCCAGAAUUAAAAAAUCACCAAUGUAUUGUUAUAUAUUUUGUUUCUCUUAACUUCGUUAUUUCAUAACUACCUAAAACGAAAGUCUGAGGAUGGUAAUUGAUUUCAAUAUCAUGAUGUUUUAUACCCCAUACUGUUAUAUCUUGAGUAUCCUCUGACCAAUAUAACGUGUCAGGUCACUAAUCAGAAUGCAGAUUCUAAUUUUUUCUAUUUUGCGUCUAUUAUUUACUGUGCAUCUUGAUAUCCCUGACUUUGUCAUUUAAAUGCCCGACCAGCACUAUUGAUUUUGAACCGACAGCUAAGUCCCUGUUGGCCACUAUUAUCCAGCUCUUCACCAUCCCUUGCCUUGAGUCCCGAAAUAACAACUAGCCUCUACUAUAUUUACACUGCAAACAGAUGUGGUUUAUAUACGGACAUAUCAGACAUCACCACAACAUACAUGAACAAACCAAAAAGGUUGUAAACAGUUGCUCAAUGAUUAUACAAGAAAAUCAUAAAUAAUAAUAAUAAUUCAAAAAUUCGUCUCAACGUUUGCAAUAGACGUUUCGUCAUAACGCAUACUACUCCUAUCAUUACUGUAAAUUUUAUUCCAAGUAAAUAGUACUUGUUUCAAGACCUCUUUAUGUCUUCUAUUAUGACUUAAUUAUACAUUCAUUUACACCAGGAGCUCCCAAAUGCCCUGGUACGGCCGCGAGAGUGGGGAGAGUCCGUUCUCCCUCUCCAAAUGUUCUCACAUAGCUACGCGUAUAUGGCCUAUGCCAGGGAAGUCCUACUCAUUGCCUUCUCGUGGCGGGGGUGUUUACGAAAAUGAGGGGACGAAAAGCAAAUGUCCGGCGCUUUAACCAGGUCGGUGGACACAGUGAGUCCACCCAGGGGAGUUGGAAAACCCUGAUUCUAAACCAAUGGUGCACAUAGGCUCCAGGAUCCUUAGGGAACAAAUGGAGUAUGAACCUAUUGUUGGUCACCGGCUACCAUGGGGCUGCAUCUCUUCACGUUGCUCCGCUACCUUGUGGAUCAGACCUUCAGGUCUAAGGCUCCGGGUGUGUCCCCUCUAAGAAAACCACCUGGUUCGGUUUGGGCACCCGGUCAGUAUCACAUCCCCCACACAUAUCAAAUGAGAUUUGUGUGGCGUAUAUGUAUUUGAUGCCUCCUUGUACCAAUAUCUAUAUGUUAAAAUAUAUAAUAAAUAAAUUACAUCAGGAACCAUACAAAAAAUACCCAAUAUAAAAUUCAAUUGUUUCUUGAAUAUAAAAAUGCAAUCAUAAUUUACUGAUAAUUUAUUUGACUUUCAAUGCAACUUCUUGUCAUUUCAGGCACUGGCACUUACCUCUGCUGGAUUGUUGUUUGUUUUAUCACGAGAUCGUGACCCGAAUAUAUUAGAUGUUGACUCCCUGGCUAUUAUAUUGAAAUUAUUCUCUGCACCCGAUAGUAAGUUGUUGCACGUAUUGGUAAAAAAUUUUAAAUUAUUAUAAUUGAUGUUAUUGCAUAAUGUUUAAAGCUAACUUGUACUUAAACUAUGGUAACAAAGUCCUUACUUACAUACUCAGAUGUUUAUUCAGUGUGUGAAAUAGUCCCCAAAUGCCAUGGUACGGUUGAGAAUCGGGAGAGUCAGCUCUCGAAAUACUUUCACAUGGCCACACGUAUACACCCACUACCAGAGGAGUCCUACUCAAGGCCUUCUUGCGACGACGCGGUGUUCACAAAACUGAGACGACGAAAAGCAAUUAUCCAGCGCCUUAACCGUUUUUUUUCGAAAUGGAGAAUCUAUCUAGGCGGGUUAAAAAACCCUCAUUCCAAACCAAUGGUUCACAUGAACUCCAGGAUCCUAAGAAAACAAAUGGCCUAUGAACCAAUUGUGGGUCACCGGCGACCGUGAGACUGUAUCUCUUAACGUUGAACCUGCUGCGGUUUGGGAACUCGGAUAGUAUUCCAGCCCUCAUACAAAUCGAUUAUGUAUUAGGUGCCACCUUGUACCAAUGUUUAUAUGUUUAGAUAAUAAUAACCAGUAAUACUAUCCGUUUCCUUAACCCAUUAGGAGUUUAAUUAAGUUUUAAACAACCUAACACUAAUGAUAGCCAAUUGCUUUGUUAUUAAACUAUCAUUCCACCAUGAAUAAAAAUCCACACUCAUGAAUUGUAGUUACAUAGUUAGAGUUUGUGGAUUAGGCUUUUGGUCUCACUAAAUGAUUGGAUAUUAUUAAAUUUGAUUUCGUAACUGAUUAAUAAUUAUUUAAGUAUUGUAGUAUUUUUCUUGUCCUCUUACAAUAAGUUUUUGUAUGUAAACUAGGAAUGAACUGUAGAAUCUUACGAAUAAACCGACCUAGAAUCUCAAUCGUUUCUUUUCGUUUUGAGUUCACGUUUAUAGAGUGUUCACAAGUUUAAAGACUUGAAAGUAUUCUGAUGUUGGAUGUGUUUUUUUUCAGCCAAUACAAAUGGCAGUACCGGUGGUGGUCAUUGUGAAAUCAGUAAAAAUAAAGAAGCUGAACGUGUACGUAUGCGUGUUCGUCAACUACUCGACGGUUUACAUCAAAAUAAUUCCAAGAGUUUAACACCAAUAUCUUCAACUUGCCCAGAUGUUGUUGUAGGCAACAAUUCAAACACGAUCGCUUCUUCCAAUCAAUCACUAUUCUCUAGUGGAAAGCGUUCAAUCCUUCCACCUGGAUCUAAAACACCUACAAAUUCAAGUUUAAACACUCGACAUUUACAGAUCACCCGUCAGUUGACAACCUCAGAUUUAGUUAUUGAAUCUAUUUUAAACUUUGGCACUCGAAAAGCAGGAGAUUGGUUCAAAGUAGAACUUCGUAAUGGUGGUGGAUUAGAUAAAGUUGCUGAUGCAGCUUCAGACGCCGUUGAUUAUUUGGCAGAUUUAGACCCAAACAACACAUCUCGUAAACCAACAACUGUUUGGCGUUCUAGGACUAACUUAACAGGAAUUGAUAACUUCGCUUUGGAUAGACUUAAACGAGUUUGCCAUUAUACACGAUUAUUAGAAAAUAUGACUUACAUGAAUUCAGAUAAUCAAACAUAUUUGGUACAUUAUCGUGAUGGAAUUCUUGUGAAACGUUUAUUGACCUGUUUACGAGUUUGUGUAUCUCAUUUACCUAAAUCAUCAACUCAACAAGCAAACUCUAAUUCUACUACUAAUAAUAAUAAUGUUUCUAUGGAAAAAUCUACUGUAAAUAGUAUCAGUGUUUUGUCGAAUUCAAAUAAUUCUGCAUAUGAUAGUCAAACUAUUUUAACCGAUUGCAUUUUAGGUAUAUUUCGAUUUCUAGUAAAUGUUUCACAUAAUGAAUUCGCCAGUGAACGUCUUGGUGCUUGUUCAGGUUUUCUAGAAACUAUUUUUGAUUGCCUACUCAAGUUGCCUGAUCGUUUGCCUGGAACAAAAAGAUUUGAUGUGAUUGUCUUAGUGCUCUGUCUUUUGGUAAAUAUGUGUGAACAUUGCCCUGAAAAUCGUACCCGAAUUGUAUAUCUGGAUAUUACAAAAUCAUGUCUUAAACAAGGCUCUCCAACAAAUUUGAAAGAUGUCAAAUAUAUCGAUACAUACGAUGAUGAAGAGGAAGAUGAUGAUGAUGACGUAAAUGCAAAUACAAAUACUUCACGACAAGUUGUAACCACUUCUGCGCUUGACGAACUCAUACAAGUGAGUAAUAAGUCUUUUUGUUGAAGGCUUAGAUCGAUCCUAUUUUUGACACUGACUUAUUUACAUUUAUUGAUCACUAGGCACAUGGGUACAUCGAAAGAGAAAUUCAACCAAAACAAUACUGUUGUUAAGUGACAUUGUACCUGCUUAACUGUCAUAUCAUGUUUUUUUCAUUAUAAUUUAUCUAGAUAGGUGACCAUUGAGUCUCUAUAAUCAUUCAUAAUUUUAAAAACUCUCAUGACAUUGUUUAUUGCACAGAUUUAAUCGUACAUUAUGUACUCUAGACAAUUCAUCCUGUGGAUUUAACCAUACCGGACCGAUUGAAAGAUAACAAAUUAACCUCUUAUCAUAGUUUGAAAAGGGCAAACUAGAAUCAACACACAACUCCGUGUUUUCAUAGUCGGCAAUGUUGUAGAUAUAAAAUUAACGUAUUCAAAGUCACUUAUGUACUUCUUCUUAAUUUCCCAAUAGAUUUGAAAUUUAUCUCCUAUGCAUUAUGUACACUACGGAAAUCCGAUUUAUAAUUCAUAGUUCUUGUAUUCAGAAUAAAUUUAUCAUGUCACAAUCAUUUAUUAGUAUUUGAUUGAGAUCAUCAACCGAUUGAUGCUAGACCACCGUUGAAAACCUGGAAGCACUGGACGGUCGUUUCGUCCUAUUCUGGGGCUCCUCAACAGUGCGCAUCCACGAUCCCGCCCUCCGCGAGAUUCGAACCCAGGGCCUUCAGUCUUGCGCGCGAACGCUUAACCUACUGGAACACUGAGCCGGUGUCCAAUGGUGUUAGUGUCUAACAUCAACCAAUCCACAAAAUUGCGCGACCAUCUUCCAUUGUAUUGAGGUGGAUACUUGUCUCUAUCCGAUACGGAUUAGCCCUACUGGUCACGGUUUCUUACUAGAACUCCGAGAAUUCCCUCGUGAAGCUAGUCACUAUUAGUAAAUGGUUUUCGCUAAAUUUUCUUUUACUUCAUGUUCUGUUUCUUUUAUUUUCCCUUCAUCUCUUUCAAAUUUCCACUUCACUACUUUGAUUAUAUCAUACAAUUUGUCCCUUAGUUUUACUUCAUUAUUAAUGACUAUUAUUUAGACGGGUUAUUUUUUUGUUUAUUUUACGUUAUCAUUCUGUCUUGAUUAUUCUUAUUUUUAUUUCAUUUUGUUUAUUUAUUUAAACACAUAAACAUUGGUACAAGGAGGCACCAAAUAGAUAUGAGCCACAAUUUGUGUAAGGGUUGGAAUACUAUCCAGGUGGUUUUCUUAGGGGGCUACGCCUGGAGCCUUUGACCUAAAGGUUUGAUCCACAAGGCAAUGGAGUACUGUCAGGAGUUUCAGUCAUAUGGUAGCCGGUGACCAACAAUAGGUUCAUACACCAUUCACUUCCUCUGGAUCCUGGAGUCCAUGUGAACCAUUGGUUUGUAAUGAGGGUUUUCCAACUACCCUAGAUGGGUCCUCCAUAUCCACCAAUUCGGGUAAGGCACCGGACAUUCGCUUUUUGUCGUCUCAAUUUUGUGAACAAUACCCCGUCUUCAUCAGAAGGCAGUGAGUAGGACUUCCCUGAUAGUGGCUGUAUACGUGUGGUCAUGUCCCCACUCUGGACCGUAUCACGGCAUUUAGGAACAUUCUUACCACUAUUUCUAUUCCUAAGCCUGUCCUGUUAAUAUCAAUAUUUACUUACUGAUUUAAUCAGUUGUGUAGUGUACAUUACUACGAUUAUUGACGCACAAAUUACUUAGGUUGCUUCCUGUUUUCAUGUGUGCAUAUGAAUGUAACUGUAUGUUAGAGUCAGUUCUGAUGUGACUAUAUUUUUCCCUUUCGUGUCGUGUUCCUUUCAUCCCAUACUGGUUGGCUUUGUGGUUAAAUAAUUCGACUGGUAGGUCACAGGUUUGAAAUCCCUCUCCAUGUAUGUCGGUUUGGACAAAUGGUUAGUAUUACUAAUUCCAUGCAAUUACUGUGACUCAAAGCUGACCAUAUAAAUUUCGCUCGGUAAAUGAGUUACUUACGCCUGUUACUCCUCGUGAAGCAUGGGUUCCCGAUCAAGAUUCUCCACCUUACUCUGUUCUGGGCUCUGCUUUCAAAUUGUUCCCGAUUACUAUUUAUUAUUUUGAUGUGUACCUCCAAUUCUCCGCGCAAUGUGUUCGUCGGUCUACCUCUUUUCCUUUUGCCUUCAGGAUUCCAAGUAUGAGCCUACCUUGCUAUACGUUUUCGCAAUUUCCGUAAAAUGUGAUAUUUUUACCUCCACCAUCUUUUCUUUAUUCCCUCUUCAACUGGGAGCUGAUUUAUUCUCCACCACAUUAGAUUGUUAUUUAUGGUGUCCGGACAACCGAUUUGAAGUAUCUUUCGUAGACAGCUGUUUAUAAAUGCCCAUAUAUUUUUGAUGAUGAGUUGCAUCGUCAUUAUUGUUAUUUCUUCGUCAAAUAUCUAUCCUACUUGUACAUUCUUCUCCGUUGUAGCUAUUUCUUACUCGAGAAGAAUGCGCACGUAACCAUGAUUUCGAGAGAGAUGAUGAUGAAGCUAUGGCAGCUGCAGCGGCCCGUAAACGUUCUGAAGAAUUAGAAGAUUUUGAAAAUAAUUCUAAACAAUUACGCCCAGGUUACCCUAAUCCUACUGUCGAAGAAGCUGGCUUGAAGUGGCGCUUAAUAGAGGAUCGAAGAGCAAUGAAUCUGAAUAAUAGAGGAUUUUUAGGUAAUUGUCAAUUACUUCUUUGUAGUUUAGCAAUAAAUAUUAGUAUCCUGUUCAUGAUUUUAGAGCCUUAAAACCAUGAAUCCAUUCCUUUCCAAACCAUGCUCCAAGGCUUAGUCUUUUCAUCAUCAGUACUAUAUCAUUUCUAUCUCUUGUUAUCCUCAUCUCCAGCUAAUGAGGUACGGUAAGUUAGUUCAACGUGUAUCCGCAUCAGGCUCCAUGUUUAUGACGUCUGUCUGUCUAUCGGAUACUAAUCCACUCAAUUUCACCACCUGAAUUACAAACCUAGGCUGAUGUAUAUAAGUAGCAUGUUGCACCAAUCAGGAGUGGGGAGUGCCUGCCAACAGAAAACACUGAAAUGAAGAGAACAAGAAGGAAAUCGCUGUGUUAUCGAAAUAACUGAAUUGGAUGAAUGAUGAAGUAUGUAUAGGACAACUGAUGGAUGAUGUGCAAAUAAUAUAUUUAAUGUAUGAUUUUGCAUGAAAAAUAAAUUGGUUUUACCCACUUGCAUAACAACUACAGCAGUACAAUCAAGUAUGAAACCGCCAUAUACACGCUCCUAUUUAGGCGAAUACAUACUCUUGGUUUUUUUUCUAGAUCACAUAACAUAAAUUUGUCUAGGCACAUACCUACUGUCAAUUCAAUUGUAUUAAACUAUAUGGUAUAUCAUAUUUCAGUCAAUUUACAAGGAUAUGUAUAACAAAUUCAUAUUAGUUUACACAUUUUUACUCGCUUUAUGUAGCCUUAACCAAAUAAUAUGCUCAUAUUGUUUAUUACUUACACAAUCCAGCAUUCAAUGAAAUAACUCUAGAGUAUUUUAUUCUGUCAUACAUUCUCUGCCUACACUAAUUAAUGGUUGCUCUGGUUGUCAGAAUGGGCAUCGGCCUCGUGACUUCCGAAGGAACACGGCUUUCAUCAUGAGACAUCAUAAUAUUUCUAAAUGAAAACCUAACUCCCAGGACAGAGUUUAGAUGGUUUGAAUUAUUUUUUCUGGUGAACGUUUCUUUAGUGAGUUGGUUUUCUACGGGAUGGAGUCUCUAACCUCAUGUCCAACCCUCCUUUAUCUGGGCUUGGGACCGGUAGUAGCCCCAGAGGGGCUCCAGGUGGAGUUCAUUAGAAAACCUACAUGUAUAUAAAACUGUAAGAUAUAUGGUGUUUAUACAAGUUAUAUAUCGUCUAUUUAAGAGAAAAUCCUAAUUAAUAUUAUUUCCUGAAGAUGUUUGUAGCUCAUUUUUAUUAUUGAUAUUCAACCAUAUAGAGAAACUUUAUUUCUUGAAUGAUAAUAAUAAUUCAUGGUUUGGUACUUCGGGUUGUAAACAGUUUUCCGAACAAAUUUCAUGCAAUUGAAUUCGCUUUCAUUUUUUACAUCGUGUAGUUCUUAUGUUUUUUCAAUAGGUCGGAAUAAGAAACGAUUGAACCGUAAACAAAAGUGUAAAAGUAGUGUAAAUAAACAACGACAGAAUAUGGGGGGUUUCAAUGAUGACGAGGAAGAUUCCGAUGAUGUAGAUGACCUAGAUGACAAUGAUGGUGACGAUGAUUGCAUUGAAGAUGAUGAUUUGGAGGAGAAUGAUGAAGGUGAUGACGAUGGUGAUGAUGAUGACGACGAUGAUGACGAAAGUGUUGGCAGUGGUGCAGAUGUUGAAUUUGUCGCCGACACCCAAGAGGAACAAGAAAAGUUAGCCAAAAGUAUGUCUCAAGCUCAACAACAUAUGGAAGACUCAGUGGUGGCUGCUUAUGCUGGUAAGGUUAAGAAAUAUUUGUUUCAAAAUUAUUUACCGUUUUCCUCACGUUUAUAAAGAAGUGUUUCAAAUAUAGCUAAUCGCAACUCUAACAUUCAUUAUCAUUAUGCUGUCGGGGUAUGAAAGAAUGCUGCAAAGGGCUGUCUUGUGUUGGUCUUUCACGAUUCCGUGGUUGGGGUCCGAGAGAUGGUGCGACACAGUGGCUAGAAACGUUAUCAGAUAUGGCUCAGAACAGAAGGCAGUGGCGAUCCUGCUGUAACCUUCUUUUACUUUCUUCAUUAAAAAAAAUGGUUGUAUCUUCCUUAACUGAAAGAAUUCUUCUGAUUGUACCUUUCCGUUUCCCCUAUUAUUAUUAUUAUUACAUUACCUUACACUAAUCUGAUCGUUAUUGUUCUUUUUUUAUUUUAAGCUCCUAAUCUUCUUUUUUCCCCCAUUCUCAUUGUUUUGUGUGGCGCAUAUAUAUUUGGUGCCCUCUUGUACCAAUAUUUAUGUGUUCAAAUAAAUUAAUAAAUAAGCAUUAUGCUGUGUAUUAUGUACACGGAUUCUAAGAGUUCGUGGUUCUGUGAUUUAGUAAACGUACCUGUAACCUAAUUGAUUCAGGAUUUUUUGUUUUCCAAUUCCAAUGUACAAUACUACUUAAUUGUUUAUUUAGCAUUCACUAUAUUUAUUUACGAUUAACAAACUUAUUCACCAUCAUUACAAUUGUUAUGUUCUGUCGUGCUACACUACUACUUCAACCGAUGCACAUUUGUUCCAAGUCUGUAAUAUUGUCUAUGGUUAACUGUAGCUGUCCUCUAAUCAAUUGUGUUUUGUUCUCAUUUUAUUUAUUUAUUUGAACACAUAAAUAUUGGCACAAGGAAGCACCAGAUAUAUAUAUGCGUCACACAAAACAAUGAGAAUGGGAAGAGAAAAAAUGUUAGGUUCGUAUAAGAAAAAAAGAACGAACAAUAACGGUCACAGAUUAGUGUAUGGUAGUGUAAUAAUAAUUAUUAUUAUUAUUAUUAUUAUGGGGGAAACGGAAAGGCACAACCAGAAGAAAUCUUUCAGGUAAGGGAGACACAACCACUUUUUAUGAAGAAAGUAAAAGAAGGUUACAGCAGGAUCGCCACUGCCUUCUAUUCUCAGCCAUAUCUGAUAACGUCUCUAGCUACUGUGUCGCAUCAUCUCUCGAGCCCCAACCAGGGGGUCGUGAAGGACCAACAGAAGCCAGUCCUGUUCAGCUUUCUUUCAUGCCACGACACCAUGUCAUAUACUGACCACAUCUCCGCUAUUUCCAACCAGUCCCAGAGUCAGCAAAUAAUGCACGACGUGGAAUUCUCUGGGACAACAUCCGUAGAACAUGUCCAAGCCACCAAAGUUGGUGUUUCAAAAUAGUGACAGCAAUUGAAUUAUCGUCUCUGUACCCGAACACACGAUGCCGAACCUCUGCAUUACUGACAUGGCGUUGCCACUGGAUGUCAGCAAUCCUUCGGAGACAACGAUGAUCAAACUCUAAGACAAUAUUGUUACGUAGAGAGAGCUUAGAGAAUAUUAGAAUUUCUUAUCUUUACUUAAAGCUGCAUACAUAUUAAACAGUUUAAAUGUUUUGUGUUCUUUUUUCUCUUUAAAUUUAUUCAGCUCUCCUACUUGGUUGUAUUCUCCAAUCAAGUCCUCGUUACACUGAUCGUAUUAGAUCCAAAUUACCAGAUGGACAAUUUCGUCCAUUAGCAAUUAUGUUAGCUAAACUACUCAGCUUUUUAUCUUUAACUAAAGGUGUAGGAUCAUCAGGUUCUGAGUCUAUUCUACGUAUUGUCAGAAUUUUAGAAGCACAAGAUAAACAAAAUACAAAAUUAUCAACAUCUAAUGAUUGUGGUGACAGUUAAUAUUAAAUAAAUACUGUUCCUUUGUUUUUUGUCUGUGUUUACCAUGUUCUUUUUUCUUGUAUUACUUUAUCUCUUGUACGUUGUCGCCGUCGUUGUCCUUGUUAUUACUAUCAUUGUUGAGUAAUGUAUGAGUGUGUGUACAUGCAUACAUACAGUUAGAUAGAUGUAGAAGUGUGUGUGUGUGUGUGUAUGUGCAUGUAUUUUCAAAUAAUUUCUAGAUUUAUUGCACAUAGUUUUGUUUGUUUGUUAUUUUGUCUUUAACUUUUCAUCGUCUCGUUUAUCAUAUUUGUUUUUUUGUUUUUUUCUAAUACCAUUAUACAUUUGGUUUCCAUCUUAGUAACAAUUAAUGAUAAUGAAAUUCACAUUUGACUAAAUAAUGAUAAUAAUACAAAUAAGAUUGUUCAUCUUUGAAAUCUAUCAUUCACUUGAAUUGAUUUCAACAAAACAAAAAAACACAACACCUUUCUCUUAUGUGUAUAAAUUGUAAUACAAAAUGAAUAACAGUCAAUUAUUCAACUUUAUUACUACAUUAUCUCUUUUGUCUUUUUUAUCUUUAUUGAAUGAAAUCUUUUCUUUUUUCCCCCUUUCUUUUUCUUUUCUUUUCUCUGUUUUUCUUUUACAGAUUGAUGUAUAUAAUUAUAUAGUUCUUGUUUUUCCUAUCUCUUCUUAUAUAUAUAUAUUCAAUUGAUUAUAUUUAUCUUAAUGUAUUUGAAUAGUAUUUUCAAUGAUCUAUUUCAUUGCCUUCUUUCUUUCUUUUUUUGUUUUUUCUUUUUCCAAUGAAAUAGAAAACAACAAUAAAUGAUCUUUAUAGUUGUUCUCUUUUCUUUUCUUUGUUGUUGUUUUCAUUGCUGUUGUUGUUGUUAUUAUUAUUAUUGUUAGUAUUAGUGUUGACAAGUUGUCAUAGUGUCUCUUUUUUUGUAUAUUCUUCUAUGAUUGAUGAUGGGAAUAUUAUUGAUCCUUUUCUUUUUUUUUUCUUGCCAAAUGCCCCUUAUAGUAUUUUAAAUCAUUGUAGUAAGUUCCUUUAAUUGCUUCCUUUUCUUCUUUUCUCGUUUGCUUUUUUCCUUUUCGUUAGCGUGUUUGUUAUUGUUUUAUGAAGAAUGAUACAUGAUUUCUUCGAUGUAAUUUUCUUUGUUUGUUUGUUUGUUGCUAUUCAUUUUCUUUCCCGUUUGUACAUGUAUGACUUCGCUCGGGUAUUUCUAUAAAUAAUAACACUAAUUUAUUUUGUAAAAAUAUUCCCUCUUUGAAAUUUGUUUCUUAACAAAGUAAUUAGUAUACUCUAUGAUUGUUUACUUUAUUAUUAAUUUUAUGUCUGUGAAACAUAAUUUAUAUAAAGUGGAAAACAUGCUCAAACUAUAACUAUUUAAUCAUAAGUGUUUCCUAAAAUUAUUGAAUAAGAAUUAUUGAUGUUAGGCAAACAUUCCAAAUCAGUUAAUCUCAGAUGAGCCUUCAUCCAUUGAGUUAGAUAAGACAGAUGUUACGUAUACCUAAAUACUAGUCGCCUAGACGGGCAGUGGUAAUUAUCGUUGGAGUAGGUUAAGAGAAAGCUAGUCACCAUCGGUCUGUGAAAUCACUGACUGUUAGACUGAACCCUGUUGGUAAAUACAGUCGAUCAGUGAUUGGGUGACAUGUAUCAAGAUCCUUAGAAAUGGCAUAGAUGCAUUGAGUUUCAGUAUACUUUCAUCCAUACUUUUUGGUUCUAUAUUAUCAAACCAGAUCUUCAAUAUUCGGUCACUGCUUCCAUUCAUUUUUUAAAUUUUAUCCUGUGUUAAUUUGAUGGACCUGUUAUCUUACGUACCCCAUCAUCUCUAUGUAGGACAGUUAGCCCUAAAAAAUCGUUAGGGAGCUCGUUUUGACCUUGUAAUCAAUCAAGUAAAUCCAUAAACUUGCCCCCAUCUUACUCUGGAAUCCAUACCAUUCGAUGAUGUAACCAAGUAUGUUACUCUGCAGUAAUUUCUGUAAGAUUAUACUAUUAACUAUGAUCAGUGUCUGAGACAAAACGUAAGACCAAGCAAUCUCUGUAUACACGUCCCCCACUGUAAUAUUAAAAAUAAUUUUGUGAUUUCACUGAAAUUCGAUAAUAUUUUAUAUAGUAAGUGAUCUACUUUAUGAACUUCCCUUAAUCACUAAUUUGAAUUAACAAGGGUAACUUCUGUUAAGUUAAAGACUUAAAUGUUCAAUGUCAUCAUCUAGAACUGACUCAAACAACCUAACAUAAUUUACUUUGUGUACAACUCCUAAAGGUAAUUGAGUGUAACUUCUAAACACCAAUGGUAAAAGAUAUCAUACAGUACUCAUUCAUUUAUGUAAGACAACUAAACUGAACAAUGUAUUUACGAGAUGAUAGGGAAGAACUAAAAAUAUAUCUAUGUUAGUAAAUUAUACUCUAGUAGACUCGCUAGAGUUGCAUGAAUCGAAUUCGUCCAACAAUUGUCUGUUGAUUGGAAGAAUCUACUUUAUUUAUAUCAAUUCAAAAUGUCUAUUUUUAGUUGAAAUUAUUUAUGUAUAACUCGAUUCAAAUGAUCACUCAUCGUCUGUAAUGACUAAUAUGGACAAUAUUUUUCGUACUCGAUACUAAACGUUGAUAGCUUAUAUUGUAUACAACACAUAUGUAGGAUAGUAUAUGAAUUGGUCCAGCCUGAAGCGUUAGGGUUUAAUAAACGCUUAAAACCCAUUGUCUCGUGUCGGAACACAAUUACGAGAACAUUUUUCCGAAUUUUCAGGCUUCGAGCUAGCUAUAAGCUAUAUUUUUAUGUAAAGCUGAAAAUUUCCUAUGAGACUGGAGGUUCGUUAUUGAUAUUAUGGAUGGUUCAGCAUUACUUUGGGAAGUUGUUGUGGAUGCGGAGGAAUAGACCAAUAAUUAUCAUGUUAAGUCCAAUGGUGUCCUUGGACUUUAGAUGGACAUUUCCUAUUGGUCGAUAUCUGUUCACUUGUUGAAUAUUGUACAAAAUGUUGUUUCCUAUUUUUAUGGUACGAUGUGGUAUGCUUGAUUGGUAUAUAAACAAAGUAUGUUUGAAAUAUAAUGAUUCAUAACUCAGAGGCUGUGACUUGUGUUCUGGACUCAACUGACUGGGCUAGACAGGGGAGCGAGACCAAUAGAGACUCUAGGCCGUCCGUACGUGUUUACGUGCCACUGUAAUCGAUCGAUAAGUACGCUGCUCUUUAAUUUUCCAGUCAAGGACACAACAAUUAGCACAGGGUAAAAAUCGACACAACUUAAAUUCAUAACAGAAGUUUUGCUAAUUGUUCAAUGAAAUCCACGAUGCACGUUUCGUCCUAUUUAGGACUCUUCAGCGGGAUGUGCUUGCACUGCUAGUCACCCAUGAUACUUCAAACCCUUAAACAAAUACACCUUUUUUCUCAUUGUUAAUUUUCUUAAUAAAUCUCAACUUAAAAUUGA